AUGCAUCUGGUCACUACAACUGCAGCAAACAGGGGGAAUCAGUGUGUCUUGAUGGAUACGUGGACCCCAGUACCAACUGCACCACUUGUCGUGGGAAACCUCAAGGAGCCGGAUUGUAACGAAUGCGACGAUCAUUUCGAGGGGUCCGACUGCACAUUCUGUGAACCAAACUACUACCCGAGAAACGACUGCAGCGUAUUGUGCAUCCCUCAAAACAACUCUGACGGGCACUACACGUGCGAUCCAUUCACUGGUAAUAGAGUGUGUCUUGAAGGAUACAGAGAUCCCUCCAAUGGCUGUGUAACUCCAGCCGAGGAGUCAGAUAGCUCGACUAUUGUGGGCUCAGUUGGAUUCUAUGUCGUGAUAGCUCUGGGUGGACUGUUUGUGACCGUGGUCUUGAUCACCAUCACCAUAGUACUUAGUCUCGGCAGGCAGAGGAGGUUGAAGUACUACUCCGGAGGACGGCGAGGAGACCCUGACACACAACCCAUUGUCAUGGAAGGUCCGACAUCACCAAGUAUCUCAGUCUAUGAGAUAAUCCCCAAUGCAGAAUGCUUUAUUACGACCACUAUUGGGUACUCUGGAGCUUGUUACCAGCAGCCAACACUGGCCCCUUCUCACUGCAGUCUCACUGGGUUUGACACCACUGCCAUCUCUGAAAAAGACUAUUUCUAUGCUGAUGUCCCUGACGGAAUCUGCUACAAUUUUGACGAAGGCGAACCGUGCAUAAUUCUGUUUGCCUUCUGCCACCCCUUGCCCCUGGACCUGUCUGACAACUGCCGCAACCCAGAGUCAGCCAUCUGCCAGGCAGACAAGCUUGUUCAUGCCACAAAGUCGUGGAGUAUGGGGGCCUAUGAGAACUACACCAGAUUCUAUAAGAAUGUUGAUUUUGAUCAGGUGGGAUUCCAUGUUACGUACUCGGAUGGUUCCAAUCCUGGAGACCCUGACUGCACUGCUGGAAUACAGACACGAGUCAUCUUUGUGUGUAAUAAAGACGCACAGUGGAUCAACCGUGAUGUCACCUUUUACAUUGAAGUCGACAAAGAGACUUGCUUUUUCAACAUCGUAGCCCAGUACAGCGGAGCUUGCUACAAGGCACAUUCUAACAUUGUUGGUUGGACUGUCAAUUGUCUUGAUGAAUACGUGGACCCCAGUACCAACUGCACCACUUGUAGGGGAAACCUCAAGGAGCCAGAUUGUAACGAAUGCGACGAUCAUUUUGAGGGGUCCGACUGCACAUUCUGUGAACCAAACUACUACCCGAGAAACGACUGCAGCGUAAUUUGCAUUCCUCAAAAUAACUCCGACGGGCACUACAAAUGUGAUCCAUUCACUGGUAAUAGAGUGUGUCUUGAAGGAUACAGAGAUCCCUCCAAUGGCUGUGUAACUACAGCCGAGGAGUCAGAUAGCUCGACUAUUGUGGGCUCAGUUGGAUUCUAUGUCGUGAUAGCUCUGGGUGGACUGUUUGUGACCGUGAUCUUGAUCACCAUCAUCAUAGUAUUUAGUCUCAGCAGGCAGAGGAGGUUUAAGUACUACUCCGGAGGACGUCGAGGAGACCCUGACACACAACCCGUUGUCAUGGAAGGAUUUCCACAAACCACCGAUGAAUAUCCCACUGAUGAUGUUAAGACAAAAGAUUAAACACUUUAUUCCUAGCUACAACAUAAUAGGUUCAAGUGUAUUAUCCUGUCAGUAAAGACUUUUUUGUAGAAAAUAUCUUUUUCAGUUCAUGUUUUGUAGUAGC